CUGGGUUUGAUUUUCUGUAAUAAAUGACGAUGCUCACUACUAUAAUGGAAGUUGUGGAGAGGAACCAUUGUCUUCUUUGGUACUCUGAAUUCCGCUCUGCAGUGAAGAAACGAUGUGGCCCUUUGGCAGAAAAGGACCCUCUGGGUUCUCAGCUAGUUCAACAGCAGAGGAAGUCACCCAAGGAAUAGAUGGAACUGGUCUCACGGCCAUUGUUACUGGAGCAUCAAGUGGUAUUGGGACUGAUACAGCACGUGUUCUUGCGCUGCAUGGAGUUCAUGUUGUUAUGGGCGUGAGGGACACAGCCGCCGGAAGGAAAGUCCAAGAAGCAAUCAUGAAGGAAGUACCCACUGCUAAAGUGGAUGUGAUGGAAUUAGAUCUCAGUUCAAUGGCAUCAGUGAGGAAAUUUGCAUCAGAUUUUCAUUCCUCUGGUCUUCCUCUGAACAUUCUUAUUAAUAAUGCAGGUAUUAUGGCUGCUCCUUUCAUGCUUUCGCAAGACAACAUAGAAAUGCAAUUUGCGACAAACCAUGUAGGCCAUUUUCUUUUAACAAAUCUUUUGUUGGAGACAAUGAAGAGUACAGCACAUGAAAGUAAGAAAGAGGGAAGAAUUGUUUGUGUUUCAUCAGAGGCUCACCGGAGGCCAUAUCCCGAAGGAAUUCGUUUUGAUAAAAUCAAUGAUAAACCAGGGUAUGCAGCCUGGAGUGCCUAUGGCCAAUCAAAGCUUGCGAACGUAUUGCAUGCUAAAGAACUUAAUAGGCGGCUAAAGGAAGAGGGGGUUGACAUAACUGCGAAUUCGCUUCAUCCAGGAGUUAUCGCGACCAAUCUUCUACGCCAUCACAGUUUUUUAAAUGGAAUUUUUACUUCAAUUGGCAAAUUUCUGGUAAAAAAUACUCAGCAGGGUGCGGCAACCACUUGCUAUGUAGCUUUGCAUCCGGCAGUGAAGGGGGUAGGUGGUGAGUAUUUCUCAGAUAGUAACAUCGCCGAUCCCACUUCACAAGCUAAGGAUGUGGAGUUGGCAAAGAAGCUAUGGGAAUUCAGCAUGAGUUUGACUGGUUGAUGGACCUUUACCUCAUAGACAUUACUCCUUUCUUAAUUGGAUGUGGAAGAUAAUAUUUUGUGAUAUGUGAUCCAGAAAAAUCAUGUUAAUUUUGUACAGGACUAUCUAGAGAUUCCUGAACCUAUAGCUAUGGAAGUAUUAUGUAAUGGAUCAUUAAUAAUACUUGCUAUUAUAAGCAGAUGAUGCAGAUAUUUUAUGUUGAGGUA